AUGUGUGAGGAGAAUGAGACGCAGGUCACUAAGAUACAUCUCCUUGGGUUUCGGAGUCUACACAAGUACAGGACUCUUCUCUUCAUUGUGUUUCUCCUGACUUACAUAUUUAUACUGGGAGGAAACCUUCUUAUUAUCGCUUUGGUCUCCGUUAUUGAUCACCUCAAAACCCCAAUGUAUUUCUUCCUAAAACACUUAUCCAUAGCCGACGUCUUACUGACCACCAGUGUUGUCCCUGUAAUGUUGGACAUAAUACUUGUUGAGAGGGGCAUCUUUUCUUUCUGGGGCUGUAUAAUGCAACUGUAUUUAUUUUGUAUGUUUGGAUUUGUUCAAUGUUUAAUCAUUGCUAUUAUGUCAUUUGAUCGAUAUUUGGCCAUUUGUCAUCCAUUACGUUACACUUCACUAAUGAAUCAAGAUAUUUGCCUCCAGCUAAUUGUUGGGUCCUGGUUUAUAGUCUGUGUUUUAGCUUUAAGUGAGUUCUUUGUUUUAAUCCAAAUAAACUUCUGUGGCUUGAACUCCAUUGACCACUUCUUCUGUGACUUUGGUCCCGUAGUUGAAUUGGCCACAUCCGAUUCUUCCAUUUUGAUUUUGCAAGACUUUGUUUUUGCCAUCAUUAUGAUACUUUUCCCAUUUGUUUUUAUCAUUAUGACCUAUGUUUUAAUUUUCUUCACCAUCCUUAAAAUAUCUUCAAUUUUUGGGAGAAGAAAAGCCUUCUCCACAUGUAGCUCCCACCUGACCUCAGUGUGCAUAUAUUAUGGGACCCUACUCACAGUUUACUCAGCUCCUUCUGAUGAGAACACAUCCCAUAUCAACAAAUACAGAUCUCUGUUGUACCUCGUGGUGACACCAUUGAUGAAUCCCAUCAUCUACAGCCUGAGGAACCAGGAGAUCAAGAGAGCUGUGCAAAAAGUAAUCAUAACUAUAUCUCAAAAUGGAUGA